AUGUCCCAACCCAAACAGAUACACUCAGGCUGGUGCACUAAAAUCGGAUACUAUAUCAAGUCAUGGAAGAAGCGUUGGUUUGUUCUUACAAGUCAUACUCUCACCUACUUCAUUGAGCCAAAUGGCAAGGAGAGAGGCAUUAUCGAUUUAUUACAAAUCAAGGAGAUUAGGCCAUUUCCAGAAUGCGCCAAGCCAAAUGCUUUCAUGAUUACUGUUCCUGAGCGUACUUACGAAAUUUCCUGCGAAAAUGCCAAGCAAAUGGAGGAAUGGGUCAAUUUAAUCACAAAAGCCAGGGAUGAAUUGGCUAAGUCAAAGCCACAGAAGCGCUCCGAAGUCAAGGUCGAAGAUUUCGAUAUUCUUAAAGUCCUUGGUAAAGGAUCUUACGGUAAAGUACAACUUGUCCGCCAUAAGAUGACAGACCUCAUUUACGCCAUGAAGUCCAUCUCUAAGCAGCUCCUUUCAGAGCAUGAUCUUGUUAGCAGAAUCAUCGCUGAAAGAGAUGUUCUUUUGUCAAUCAACCAUCCAUUCUUAGUUUCCGCACGUUAUGCAUUCCAAACUGAAACUAAGAUCUUCCUUGUCUUGGAUUAUGUCCAAGGAGGCGAAUUAUUCUCGCGCCUUCGCGCCGAACAAAAAUUUGCCGAACCUCGAGCUCGUUAUUACAUCGCCGAACUUGUCUCAGCCAUCGGAUAUCUCCAUAAGAAGGGAAUUAUGCAUAGAGACCUUAAACCAGAAAACAUCUUAUUCGACAAAGAUGGUUACAUCAAACUCACCGACUUCGGUUUGGUCAAGCGUAACAUGACAAAGGACUCCACAACAACAACAUUCUGCGGAACUCCAGAAUAUCUUGCUCCAGAAAUGAUUAAUGGCAACGAAUACACGAUUUCCGUCGAUUGGUGGGCAAUUGGAACACUUGCAUAUGAAAUGCUCUACGGUGUUCCUCCGUUCUACGAUGCAAACACCAAUGCAAUGUAUCGCUCCAUUUUGCGCGACGAAGUUGUUUUCCCAGAGGACGCUUCCUUGGAUGCUAUCGACUUGAUCACAAAACUCCUCGAUAAGGAUCCCAAAACUCGUCUCGGUUCCGGUCCAACCGAUGCUGAGGAGAUUAAGGCUCAUCCAUUCUUCGCAUCCAUCAACUGGACAAACCUCGAGAAGAAGACAAUCCCAAUGCAGUGGAAGCCACCUGUUCAAGACCUCUUGGAUGUCUCACAAUUCGACCAAGAAUUCACAGGCGAGGCACCAAAGCUUACAUACGAAGAUCCAUCGCUCGUUGGCGAUAACAUUCAGAAAAAAUUACAAGGAUUCACAUAUACUAACGAUAUCUAA